GGCCUAGGAGGUGAACUGGGACCUCUCCAAGUAGCAGUCCACUUUCCAUAUUUCAAGUCUGUUCGGGGACUUGAACCGGUGACCCUACGAUUCCCAGUCCAAGCCCCUACUGACUGAGCCACUGCUGGAUUUUGAGCUUUUCUUAAUAACAACAAUAAUAACAGUAGUAGUUUUCGUACUUCAAUAUUCAGAUUAGUUUAAGUAAAUGUGAUCUCCCUUCCCUUUGUCAUUAAGAAUUUAAUCCAGAAUCAAAUCUUAAUUUUCAGAUUCUCUAAUAAUGUCAUAUUCUGCCGUGUGUGUGUGUGUGUGUCAGGUGAUGGAGGUGUCCUCUCACAGCCUCUUCCUGCUGCAGCAGCUGAACGUGCAGCGUGAGUUUGGCUUCCUGUGUGACUGCACCGUCGCCAUCGGGAACGUUUACUUCAAGGCUCACCGCGCCGUGCUGGCCGCCUUCUCCAAUUACUUCAAGAUGAUCUUCAUCCACCAGUCCAGUGAGUGUAUUAAGAUCCAGCCCUCGGACAUCCAGCCGGACGUCUUCAGCUACCUGCUGCACAUCAUGUACACCGGCUCCUGCCCCGCACAGCCAGUGGAUCCAAGCCGGCUGCAGGACGGCAUCAAGUUCUUGCACGCCUACCAGCUGUGCCGGAAAGCUGGCGAGGCCGAUGCUGCCGCCGCAGCCGACAUGGUCCGCAUGUCCAACCUGUACGGCAUCCAGAUCUCCUCUCAGCUGGCCAACAAGGAGGCCCGAGUCCCAAAGACCUCCUGCAGCGCCGAGGACGGGCGCGGGGGGCGGGAGGGCGUCCCGUUGGAGCGCCAGGACGCUACGACGCGCACCGUCUGCUCCGUGGCUUCUGGAGAUGACUCGGACAUCUCGGCUCGCAUCAAGCAGGAACGGGUGGAGGAGGAGGGGGAGGAUGGUGUGGAAGAGGGAGGUGGCGUCCUAUUCAAACAGCUAGUCCUGAUGUGUCCGCGCUGUGGAGACUGCUGCUCCUCCCCCGAGGACCUGCGGGAGCACCUGUUCAGCCACGCCCUCCCCCCCGCCCACCGGGUGGAGGAGCUGCAAGGAGGCGAGCCUGACACUGGCGUGGAGGAGGGUGGGGAGGCAGGGUGUCUGCAGGAGGCGCUGAGGCAGAGCCAGGCACUGGCCAACCAGCUGGCUGCAGAGCUGAGGCGGAGCCGGGGGGGCGAGAGCAACCCAGCCCCCCCUGCCCGAAAGCGUAAGAUCUCCUGCGCCGUCUGCAGCCGUCGCUUCGCCCACCGGGCAGCACUGCAGGAGCACAUGUACUCCCACACCGGCCGCCCGGCGCGCCUGCAGCGCUGCAGCCGCCUUUGCAGCCAGAUCUUCCCGGGCCCCACCCACUGCUGCCAGGCCGGGGGCGGGGCCUCGGUGGGGGCGGUGGUGCACUCUGAGGACGCCAACAGGGACACUCAGGACAACGGCAGCUCCUGCUACUCGCUGGACUCUGAGGUCUCACAGGAGAGCGUGGACGGACCUCCUGUGGAGUGAUUGCAGGCUGUCCUACCUGUGCAGAGAUCCUGAUCUUCCACACUCGCCUGAGGACACUGAACGCCUCGCUGUCAGAUGAAAAGCAAACGGACACUGAACGCCUCACUGUGAGAUGUAAAGCUAACGGGCAGUGAACGCCUCACUGUGAGAUGUAAAGCUAACGGGCAGUGAACGCCUCACUGUGAGAUGUAAAGCUAACGGGCAGUGAACGCCUCACUGAGAUGUAAAGCUAACGGGCAGUGAACGCCUCACUGUGAGAUGUAAAGCUAACGGGCAGUGAACGCCUCACUGUGAGAUGUAAAGCUAACGGGCAGUGAACGCCUCACUGUGAGAUGUAAAGCUAACGGGCAGUGAACGCCUCACUGUGAGAUGUAAAGCUAACGGGCAGUGAACGCCUCACUGUGAGAUGUAAAGCUAACAGGCAGUGAACGCCUCACUGUGAGAUGUAAAGCUAACGGGCAGUGAACGCCUCACUGUGAGAUGUAAAGCUAACGGGCAGUGAACGCGUCACUGUGAGAUGUAAAGCUAACGGACAGUGAACGCCUCACUGUGAGAUGUAAAGCUAACAGGCAGUGAACGCCUCACUGUGAGAUGUAAAGCUAACGGACAGUGAACGCCUCACUGUGAGAUGUAAAGCUCACUGUGAGAUGUAAGCUAACGGGCAGUGAACGCCUCACUGUGAGAUGUAAAGCUAACGGGCAGUGAGACACUGAACGCCUCACUGUGAGAUGUAAAGCUAACGGACAGUGAACGCCUCACUGUGAGAUGUAAAGCUAACGGGCAGUGAACGCCUCACUGUGAGAUGUAAAGCUAACGGGCAGUGAACGCCUCACUGUGAGAUGUAAAGCUAACGGGCAGUGAACGCGUCACUGUGAGAUGUAAAGCUAACGGGCAGUGAACGCCUCACUGCUAGAUGUAAAGCUAACGGACAGUGAGACACUGAACGCCUCGCAGUGAGACGAUGAUCCCCUCACGGUGAGACGGUGACCCCGGAUCACGGUGAGACGGUGAUCCCCUCGCGGUGAGACGGUGAUCCCCUCACGGUUAGACAGUGACACCUCGUGGUGAGACGGUGAUCCCCUAGCGGUGAGACAGUGACGCCUCGCGGUGAGACGGUGACGCCUCGCGGUGAGACGGUGACGCCUCGCGGUGAGACGGUGACGCCUCGCGGUGAGACGGUGAUCCCCUAGCGGUGAGACGGUGAACGCCUCACGGUGAGACGGUGACGCCUCACGGUGAGACAGUGAUCCCCUCACGGUGAGACAGUGACGCCUCGCGGUGAGACGGUGAUCCCCUCACGGUGAGACGGUGACGCCUCGCGGUGAGACGGUGACGCCUCGCGGUGAGACGGUGAUCCCUAGCGGUGAGACGGUGAUCCCCUCACGGUGAGACGGUGACGCCUCGCGGUGAGACGGUGAUCCCCUAGCGGUGAGACAGUGACGCCUCGCGGUGAGACGGUGACGCCUCG